UCUGUUUGGCAUCACAAGCCAGCCAGCAGACGGCAGAAGAAAAGAGGAAGUGGAAACAUCAGCACUAUCUCUACGGCAGAGGAGAGAGAGCGAGGGAGAGCGAGGAGAGGAAACACCAGCGAGUGACACGCUCACACACAUUCACAACACACGCAAACUCCCGACAUCGGCGCUUUACUGGAAGAAGUGUCCUCGCGUCGUCAGGUUUGGAUGAGCCAUCUUCAGUAGUACUGACAGAGGUGUGAGGCAGUGAGGCUCUCACCCCCGCCCCCCCGGCAGCCAUGCCGCCGCCGGCAGAUAUUGUCAAGGUGGCCAUUGAGUGGCCGGGGGCAUUCCCCAAGCUCAUGGAGAUAGACCAGAAAAAGCCUCUCUCAGCUAUCAUUUAAGAAGUGUGCGAGGGGUGGUCCUUGGGGAACCCUGAAAACUUUGCUCUGCAGAUUGCUGAUGCGACAAAUUUCUACAUCACAGAAAAGAAUCGCAAUGACAUUAAGAAUGGCUCAAUCCUUCGUUGACCACCUCUCCUUACCAGACAGCACUGCAGCUUCAUGAACGGAUCCAGUCAUCGAGCAUGGAUGCCAAGCUGGAGGCUCUUAAGGACCUGGCCAAUGCGUCCCGGGAUAUCACCUUUGCACAGGAGUUCAUCAACCUGGAUGGUAUCUCUCUGCUCACUCAGAUGGUGGAGAGUGGGACUGAGCGGUACCAAAAACUGCAAAAGAUAAUGAAGCCAUGUUUUGGCGACCUGCUGUCCUUCACUUUGACGGCCUUUGUGGAGUUGAUGGACCAUGGCAUCGUCUCCUGGGACACUUUCUCUGUGGCCUUCAUCAAGAAGAUCGCCAGCUAUGUGAACAAGUCGGCCAUGGACACAGCAGUGCUGCAGCGCUCCCUGGCCAUCCUCGAGUCCAUGGUGCUCAACAGUCAAGAUCUUUACCACAAGGUGGCACAAGAGAUCACUAUUGGACAGCUUAUCCCACAUCUUCAGGGGACUGAUCAAGAUAUUCAAACCUACACUAUAGCUGUCAUCAAUGCUUUAUUCCUCAAAGCUCCUGAGGAGAGGAGACAGUAUGAUGAGCACAUUGUGGACAUCCUAAAUUGUCCCCUGACAGAGAUGGCCCAUAUUCUUGCCCAGAAACAGCUGCGCUCCAUCAUUCUCAGUAACGUGAUCCGGAGCCCCACACCCAUUAAUGAUGAGAUGGCACAUCAGCUGUACGUGCUGCAGGUGCUCAACUUCAACCUACUCGAGGACCGCAUGAUGACCAAGAUGGAUCCUCAGGACCAGGCUCAGAGGGACAUCAUCUUUGAGCUGCGGAGAAUCGCCUUUGACGUGGAGUGUGAGCCCAACAACAGUGGCAGCAUUGAGAAACGCAAGUCCAUGUACACCCGUGACUACAAAAAGCUUGGCUUUAUUAACCAUGUGAAUCCAGCUGUGGAUUUCACCCAGAUUCCUCCGGGCAUGCUGGCUCUGGAUAACAUGCUGUACUUUGCCAAGCACCACCAGGACGCCUACAUCAGGAUUGUCUUGGAGAACAGCAGUCGAGAAGACAAGCACGAGUGUCCGUUUGGCCGCAGCAGCAUCGAGCUGACCAAGAUGCUGUGUGAGAUUCUGAAAGUGGGCGAGCUCCCCAGUGAAAACUGCCAUGACUUCCACCCCAUGUUCUUCACCCACGAUCGCGCCUUUGAAGAAUUCUUCUGUAUCUGCAUCCAGCUGCUCAACAAGACCUGGAAAGAGAUGAGAGCCACAAGUGAAGAUUUCAACAAGGUAAUGCAGGUGGUGAGGGAGCAGAUCAUGCGAGCACUCACUCUCAAGCCUAAUUCCCUGGACCAGUUCAAGAGUCGCCUGCAGAACCUGAGCUACACAGAGAUCCUGAAGAUACGUCAGUCUGAAAGGAUGAAUCAGGAAGACUUCCAGUCCCGCCCCAUCCUGGAGCUGAGGGAAAAGAUCCAGCCAGAGAUCAUGGAACUGAUCAAACAACAGAGGCUCAACAGGUUGUGUGAGGGCACUUGCUUCAGGAAAAUCAGUAGUCGCAGGAGGCAAGAUAAGUUUUGGUACUGCCGUCUGUCCCCGAAUCAUAAAGUCCUGCACUACGGAGAUCUGGAAGAGAGCCCUCAAGGCGAGGUGCCCCACGACUCUUUACAGGACAAACUGCCUGUGGCUGAUAUCAAAGCUGUUAUCACUGGCAAAGACUGUCCUCACAUGAAGGAAAAGGGAGCCCUGAAGCAAAAUAAGGAGGUGUUAGAGCUGGCCUUCUCUGUCCUCUAUGAGUCGGACGAAUACUUAAAUUUUAUCGCUCCUGACAAGCACGAGUACUGUGUGUGGACAGAUGGCCUGAAUGCCCUUCUGGGUAAGGAGAUGACCAGUGAUUACACCAAAUCUGACAUGGACACCCUGCUGUCCAUGGAGAUGAAGCUUCGCCUCUUGGAUCUAGAGAACAUCCAGAUUCCGGAGGUCCCGCCCCCGAUUCCCAAAGAACCUAGCAACUAUGACUUUGUUUACGACUGUAACUAGCUGUACAAGUCCACAAGCCCGAACCCAAACAAACCCUGAACCUACUGUAUUCACUGGACCAAUCCCCUUUUCUUAUAAACUGGAACAAGAAUAAAUAAUAAUAAUAAUAAAAAAAAAAACACAUAAUAUAAAAAAAAUGAACUGUGAUUGAAA